GCAUUAGGAUGGUGAACGAUGGAGAUGAUAAAGUUGAAGGGCUGUUGAGCCCCAAGUUCCGAUCGGUGGCUGCUAUGGCUGGCUGGGAUGAAGAGGCUCUUCUCAUGGCCAGUCUUGUUGUCGAAGACACACCCGAUCGCCUUCCUAAACAAAAGAAACGUUCUGAUUUGCUGCAUUUCAAGACUCCCCCAACAAAUUCUAGAAGGAAAAGAAGGGCUCAGAAAAGGAGCCCUGCAUCCAUAACUGCAACUGUUCUUGAUCUCGACGACCAAGACACUGCAAAGCAAGAAAGCGAGAAAAAGGAGGCGGAAUCAACAUCCAUUGAGAAAUUAGACAAGAAAGGAGAUGAGGCAUUGGAAGAACAGGGUUGUUCUGUUGUUACAUCUUCUACUAAGAAUAUAGAACCAGAAUCAAUUGAGAAAGCAGACACUAAAGUAGCUGAAGCAUCGGAGGAACAGGGGUGUUCUGUUUCUUCUUCUUCUUCUGCAGCAUUUCCCUCCAUUGAUCGACUUCGUGAAGAGCUUUCUUGUGCUAUUUGUUUGGAGAUCUGUUUCGAACCGAGUACCACUCCUUGUGGUCACAGUUUUUGUAAGAAGUGUUUGCGAUCUGCUGCUGAUAAAUGUGGAAAGAAAUGUCCCAAGUGCAGGCAGCUUAUCAGCAAUGGUAGAUCAUGCACUGUAAAUACUGUACUUUGGAAUACAAUUCAACUGUUGUUUCCCAAAGAAGUAGAAACAAGAAAAGCAGCUGCAGAUUUGAGUAGUAGAGAAGCUAAACGUCAAAGUCCAGUAAGAGCUGUUGCUACUCAUUCUAACAUCACUAGCAGCAGAACGACAAGAGUCCUGCUACUUAACAGUCCAGAAUCUGGUCCUAGUAGUCAAGAAAUUAGGAAUUCUCGCGCCAUGAGAAGACAAAGUGCCCGAGCUUCCGUAAUGCCAAGCAGAAAUCGAGACAUUAGCACGAGGGGGGAGUUACCAAGCCAGGAUGGGGAUGCUGCAUUGGCGCUAAGAAUGCAGAGAGAGGAGUUCAUGGAAUCCUUCAGGACAAGAAGUUCUGCUGAUGAGCAGUACAGGAGCUCUCUUGCUCUAGCCAGAGCAAAUUUGAGGGCCAUGGCAUCAAGAGCCAUUAACAUUCGUGUUAGAGGAGGCCGUGGCUCAUAAAUUUGUUUACGGAAUUGUGUUUUGUGU